AUGUCAUUCUUAAAAAUUUCUCAAACAUUAUAUGAAGAGUAAAGGAAAAAAAGCGGAGUGCUUGGGUUAGUAGAGAAAAAGAUAUAUGUCCAGCUAUCAAACAAAAAAUUAAUAUAAAUAGUGUAUGAUGUAAACGAUGAGAAUAAUUUAACUUGUGGUUGGCUUUUAUCUGAAGCUAUUCGCAAAAUACAUUAGCAUUAAGAUAAAUAUUUAGAUAUUAUUGAAGAUACAUCAUCAAUAGUAGCUCUAAUUACUGAUAAGCAAGAUAUCUCUACAGAUUUUUAUUUAUCAUAAUUUGAGAGACCUUUAAAGUAUGUCAAGGAUGGAUAAAUAUUAAAGCCAUAUUAUGCAGAUCGAUCAUAUAAAUUUGAUGAUGGUAACAGGAUAACUUUAAAGCAUUUUGAUGUUCUAAAGAAAAUUGGAUUAGGAGGAUUUAGUGAAGUUUAUUUAGCAAGAAGAAAAGACAAUGGUCAAUUCGUAGCACUUAAAGUCAUAAAAAAGAAGACACUAAUUAAAAAAAGAAGAAAGUUGUACGUCUACAAUGAGAAAAAUACUAUGAUUGCACUUAAAGAUAAUCCAUUCAUAGUUUAAUUUUUCUUUGCUUUCUAAACUAGAGAGAAAUUAAUUUUCGUUCUAGAGUAUUGCCCAGGUGGAGAACUUUUCUAUCACUUAAAUUAAGAAAGAAGAUUCAAAGAAGAAUAAGCAGGAAUACUUUUUGCUUAAAUUUUAGAAGGGAUAGAGUUUCUUCAUUCUAAAAAUAUAAUUUACAGAGAUUUAAAACCAGAAAAUAUUUUGCUUGAUAUGAAUGGUUAUGUUAAAUUAGCUGAUUUUGGCUUAAGUAAGGUUUUGAAAUCAAAGGAUUAACUAAAUUAUACUUUCUGUGGAUCCCAUGAGUACAUGGCACCAGAAAUGAUAUAAAAAAAAGGUCAUACUUUUGCAGUAGAUUAUUAUUCACUUGGAGUUUUGUUAUAUGAACUAGUUGCAGGAAUUCCACCUUUUAGUUCUGAUAACAAAACUGACCUACUAGAAAAAGCCUUAACAAAAGAAGUUAAAUUUCCUCCUAAAUAAUUUUCCUCUUAGCUUUAGGAUUUUAUUAAAUAACUAAUGAUAAAAGAUCCAACAAAAAGAUUAGGUGCCAAAAGUGGUAUAAGUGAAAUACGUAAGCAUCCGUGGUGCAAAAAGAUCAAUUUUGACAAAAUAAGAUCUUUAAAGUUUGAUCCUCCUAUAAUUCCAAGAAUAAAUAUGCUUAAUAUAGAUGAAGGAGCAGUUGGGGAAAACGAAUCUCUAAUCUAAGAAGGAAAUGCCUAAUAUGAUAAUUAUUUACAAUAAAAAUUAUAUAGAUCUAGCCAUAAGAUGCAAAUAAAUUCUUUCACUGAUUUUAAUAGGUAGAAUUCAUUUAAAAAUAAAUUCACAAUUGGUGAAGAUUCAGCUUAGGGAAAUGAUGAAGGAAAAACGCAUUUUAUUGAUAAUAAUGGAAACUUUAACUCAUCUUUUACUUAUGAAUAAUCUUUUAAUAAUGGAUAUUCAACUUCUUGCUACAAUAAUAAUUUAAGUAUGAAUAUAAACCCUAACCAUUUUAGUGUAGAUAGUUUAAACAACACAUAAAUUUUGAAUGGAAAGAGUGGACCUUUUAUUUAAGAUUAGGAAUUCUUAGACUUUUCUUAUUAUGGGUACACAUCUAAUGAUACAAAGCACUCAGAGGAUGGUGAAUUGAUUUUACAUAAUAACUUAAAUGAUAAUCAUGAAGAAAAUAAAUAAGCUGAAAAUGAAGAGUGUUAGAUUGUAUUUUUUAAUAAUUCUAAUAAUAUUUUCGCAAGUCCAAAUAAGAAUUUGUUAAGUAGCAACUUAAAAAGUCAUAACUAGAAUUAUGUAAGCAAUUUUAGUGGUAAAACCAAUCAAUUUAAUAACAAUCUUGAAGGCUCAAACUAAGAAUAGUUUUAAUUACUAUCUAAUUAGUAGCAUUAAAAUUAAAGCGGUUGUUAGCAAAUAAACAGGAAGCUUUUUGAUGAGGCUAAUCAAAAUACAUUAGCAUUUCUUUCAGAUAAUAAUUAGUCUCUUAAUACUGAUAGAGUAAGCUAUGAGCGACUCUAAAGUUUGAAAACAUAAAAUUAGCAAGAUUCUAAUAAAUUAGAACAUGAAGAUAUAUUUUAUAUCCUUUAUAAAUAAGAUGCCUUAUAUAACAUCUAAUUAAAUGAAAUUAAUAAUCUAGCCCAUUAACAGCAAUAAAAUUAGAAAGUUCAAAGCAUUUAUACAGGUAGAUAAAUAAAUAGCGAAAAAUUAUUAAACGAUAAAAAUGUCUAACAAAAUGUAGCAAAAUUAAAUUAAUCAUUUGGCCCUAAAACAGUUCUUUCAAAAUUACAAGUUAACACAUCUGUAGAUUCAUUUAAUCAUUUGCAAUAAUUUUCUAAAAAUCUAAAUUAAAUUGAUGCAGAUUAGCCUUUAGAAAUAGAUGAUAACGGAGAUGAUAUUUCCAUUCUAAAUGAAAAAAACGAAAAUGACGACAGCUAACUUAAUCAUAUGCAGCUUAAUAUAAAGAAUAUUAAGAAAUAAUUGAUUUUUUGA